AUGGCGCGGCCCCGGAGCGCUGGGGAGUCACUGCUGCUGGCGCUGCUGCCGCCGCUGGCUUGGUUGGCGCAGGCGGGCCUGGCGCGCGCCGCAGGGUCGGUGCGCCUGGCAGGCGGGCUCACGCUGGGUGGCCUGUUUCCUGUGCACGCGAGGGGCGCAGCCGGCAGGGCGUGCGGUCAGCUGAAGAAGGAGCAGGGCGUACACCGGCUCGAAGCCAUGCUGUAUGCGCUGGAUCGCGUGAACGCUGACCCGGAGUUGUUGCCUGGCGUGCGCCUGGGCGCGCGGUUGCUGGAUACCUGCUCUCGGGACACGUACGCCCUGGAGCAGGCGCUGAGCUUCGUGCAGGCGCUGAUCCAAGGCCGUGGCGACGGCGAGGAGGCGAGCGUGCGCUGCCCUGGGGGCGUCCCUCCGCUGCGAGCUGCGCCCCCGGAGCGAGUGGUGGCUGUCGUGGGAGCUUCGGCAAGCUCGGUCUCUAUCAUGGUUGCCAAUGUCCUGCGCCUGUUUGCGAUACCCCAGAUAAGCUACGCCUCCACGGCGCCAGAGCUCAGCGACUCCACACGCUUCGACUUCUUCUCCCGAGUGGUACCACCCGACUCCUACCAGGCCCAGGCUAUGGUGGACAUUGUGCGGGCACUGGGAUGGAACUAUGUGUCUACUUUGGCCUCUGAAGGCAACUAUGGCGAGAGCGGUGUUGAGGCCUUUGUGCAGAUUUCCAGGGAGGCUGGGGGGGUCUGUAUUGCCCAGUCCAUCAAGAUUCCCAGGGAACCAAAGCCAGGAGAAUUCAACAAGGUGAUCAGGAGACUCAUGGAGACACCCAACGCACGAGGGAUCAUCAUCUUUGCCAAUGAGGAUGACAUCAGGAGGGUCCUGGAGGCAGCACGCCAGGCCAACCUGACUGGGCACUUCUUGUGGGUUGGCUCAGACAGCUGGGGAUCCAAGAUCGCACCCAUUCUGAACCUAGAGGAUGUGGCUGUGGGGGCUAUCACUAUCCUGCCCAAAAGGGCCUCCAUUGACGGAUUUGACCAAUACUUUAUGACUCGCUCCCUGGAGAACAACCGCAGGAAUAUCUGGUUUGCUGAGUUCUGGGAAGAAAAUUUUAACUGCAAACUGACCAGUUCAGGUAGCCAGUCAGAUGAUACCACCCGCAAAUGCACAGGUGAAGAACGCAUCGGCCAGGACUCUGCCUACGAGCAGGAGGGGAAGGUGCAGUUUGUGAUUGAUGCCGUGUACGCCAUUGCCCACGCCCUCCACAGCAUGCACCAGGCACUGUGCCCUGGGCAUAUAGGCCUGUGCCCAGCAAUGGAACCCACUGAUGGCCGGACGCUGCUGCAGUAUAUUCGAGCUGUCCGCUUUAAUGGCAGCGCGGGAACCCCAGUGAUGUUCAAUGAGAAUGGAGAUGCGCCCGGGCGAUACGACAUCUUCCAGUACCAGGCAACAAAUGGCAGUGCCAGCAGUGGCGGGUACCAGGCUGUGGGCCAAUGGGCAGAGGUCCUCAGGCUGGACGUGGAAGCCCUGCAGUGGUCAGGCGACCCACGCGAGGUUCCCAUUUCCCAAUGCAGCCUCCCCUGUGUGCCGGGUGAGCGUAAAAAGAUGGUGAAGGGUGUUCCCUGUUGUUGGCACUGCGAGGCCUGCGAUGGGUACCGCUUCCAGGUGGAUGAGUUCACCUGUGAGGCCUGUCCCGGGGACAUGAGGCCCACGCCCAAUCACACCGGCUGCCGCCCCACGCCCGUGGUGCGCCUGACCUGGUCCUCCCCUUGGGCUGCCCCGCCCCUCCUCCUGGCGGUGCUGGGGAUCAUGGCCACCACCACGGUGGUGGCCACCUUUGUACGGCACAACAACACCCCCAUCGUCCGCGCUUCUGGCCGCGAGCUCAGCUACGUGCUCCUCACCGGUAUCUUCCUCAUCUAUGCCAUCACCUUCCUCAUGGUGGCAGAGCCAGGGGACGCCGUCUGUGCCGCCCGCAGGCUCUUCCUGGGCCUGGGCACCACUCUCAGCUACUCCGCCUUGCUCACCAAGACCAACCGCAUCUACCGGAUCUUUGAGCAAGGGAAGCGCUCGGUCACACCCCCGCCUUUCAUCAGCCCCACCUCGCAGCUCCUCAUCACCUUCAGCCUCACCUCCCUGCAGGUGGUGGGUGUGAUAGCAUGGCUGGGGGCCCAGCCCCCACACAGCAUUAUUGACUACGAGGAACAGCGGACGGUGGACCCGGAGCAGGCCAGAGGGGUGCUCAAGUGUGACAUGUCGGAUCUGUCUCUCAUCGGCUGCCUGGGCUACAGCCUCCUGCUCAUGGUCACGUGCACUGUGUAUGCCAUCAAGGCUCGCGGUGUGCCUGAGACCUUCAACGAGGCCAAGCCCAUUGGCUUCACCAUGUACACCACCUGCAUCAUCUGGCUGGCUUUUGUGCCUAUCUUCUUUGGCACUGCCCAGUCAGCUGAAAAGAUCUACAUCCAGACCACUACACUGACUGUGUCCUUGAGCCUGAGUGCAUCGGUGUCCCUCGGCAUGCUCUACGUGCCCAAGACCUACGUCAUCCUGUUCCAUCCAGAGCAGAACGUGCAGAAGCGGAAGCGGAGCCUCAAGGCAACCUCCGCUGCGGCUGCCCCACCCAAGGGCGAGAACGUGGAGAACCCCAAGUAGCAGGGUGGUGGGUGAAUGGGGCUGGCUGCUCUCUCUUCUCCUCUGCCUCCCACUUCCUAGUGGGAGCUGUAGAGUCUGGGUCCACAGUGAACAAUCAGAGGCAGAGAGUUCAUGAAGCCCAUACCCAGCAUGGAUGGGCUGGCCUUAAGAAAGAACUGGAGCCUCACUUCACGUUUGAGCUCUGCUUUUCUAUGU